CACUUUUCGUGGCACCCACUGUCACAAUCAUGGAGAGCACCAGAGUAUUUGUCUCUGGCCUUCCGCCAACCCUUUCUGAUGAUCAAUUGAGGAAGCAUUUUGCUACUCGCUUCCAAGUCACAGACGCUCAUGUAUUGCCCAAGCGCAGGAUCGGCUUCGUGGGCUUCAAGAGCCAUGAGGCCGCGCAGCAGGCGGUUUCUUAUUUCAAUAAGACCUACAUGAAGAUGUCCAAGAUCUCAGUAGACAUUGCUAAGCCGAUUGAUGCCGAACCCACUCGCAAAGCGGGCAAACAUGAUAGGCCCUUUGCAGACGAUGUCACCGAAGCUUCCCUCAAGCGUAAGCGGGAUGGCCAAGAUGCCCCGCAAGACGCUCGAUUGCAAGAAUAUCUCUCUGUAAUGCAGCAUUCAUCCAAGAAGAAGACAUGGGCGAACGAUGAUGAUAUGCCCAAGCCGCUCGAGCAAGACUCACCUGCAGAUAAGCCGGCUGAAGAGGAAGAACCGCAGGAGCUUACUUAUGCACAAAGGAAGAAGGCGAAGCUUGGUGAUGACUAUGAUCAGUCCAGGGAGACACACACUGACCGUCAAGACCAUGUGUCGUCUGAACCAAUGGUGGUGGACCACACUGAGGAGGGCAACACCGAGUCUCCGGCGGAGCAGGAUGAGACUGUCGCAGAGGCCGAGGAGCAACCUGUCACGGAUGCGGACUGGCUCCGCUCCAAGACGAGUCGUCUCCUUGGUCUGCUCGACGAGGAUGAGCAGGCGGAAUUUAGCACUGCGCAUCAGAAGGAAUCUGUUGCCGCGGAAGAAGUAGAAGAUGCAGAUGCUGACUCUAGGGAGGCUCAGAUCGUCGCACCCGCCGCAACUGAGGCUGUGAACACAGUGAAGGAACCGGAGGUCGACACGAAUAUUGAGAAUAUUCGUCUUUCUGCACGUCUGUUCGUGAGAAACCUUGCUUACGAUAUCUCCGAGUCAGAUCUUCAACCGCUGUUUGCUCCUUUUGGGAGAAUUGAAGAGAUUCACGUGGCUUUCGAUACCAGGUUUAAUACCAGCAAGGGAUUUGCCUACAUUCAGUACCUUGACGCUGAUGCGGCCGUAGAGGCCUACAAGAAUCUCGAUGGGAAACACUUCCAAGGUCGCUUGAUGCACAUUCUGCCGGCGGCUGCGAAGAAGACCUACAAGAUCGAUGAUGCUGAUUUGUCGAAAUUGCCUCUGAAGAAGCAAAAGCAAAUCAAGCGGAAGAUGGAUGCUACAUCUUCCACGUUCAGUUGGAACUCCCUUUACAUGAAUGCGGAUGCUGUCAUGUCUUCAGUAGCGGAACGACUGGGUGUCUCAAAAGCAGAUCUCUUGGACCCUACUUCAUCGGACGCUGCUGUGAAGCAGGCCCACGCCGAAACCCACGUAAUCCAAGAAACGAAAGCUUACUUCUCAGCUAACGGGGUCAAUAUCGAAGCCUUCAAGCAGCGGGAGCGUGGAAACACGGCUAUCCUAGUAAAGAACUUUUCGUACGGCGUCAAGACUGAUGAGAUCAGAAAAUUAUUCGAACCAUUCGGGCAGAUUACGAGGUUACUCAUGCCUCCUAGUGGGACGAUAGCCAUUGUCGAAUUUGGCAGACCUGACGAGGCCCAAAAGGCUUUCAAGGGUCUUGCCUACCGGAAGUUAGGAGACUCCAUCCUCUUCCUGGAGAAGGCCCCCAAGGACCUGUUUGAUGCCGCGGCUGUGCCGCAGCAAGCACCCAUAGAGACUAAGGCUGUCUCUCAAGGCUUCUCGACUGCUGACACUUUCGCGGCAGAUGAGGUUGAUCAGCUGACACCCACUACCACCCUUUUCGUAAAGAACCUCAACUUUGCUACCACCAACCAAAGCUUCGUGGACCUCUUCCGGCCACUGGAUGGCUUUGUGACUGGCAAGGUUAAGACCAAGCCGGAUCCUAAGCGGCCCGGACAGACCCUGAGCAUGGGUUUUGGCUUUGCCGAGUUCAGGACGAAGGCCCAGGCCCAGGCUGCGCUUGCUGCCAUGAAUGGCUACAAGCUGGAUCAACAUGAACUGGUAGUCAGGGUGUCUCAUCGUGGAAUGGAUGCCGCUGAGGAGCGGAGGCGCGAAGAUACCGCGAAGAAGGUGGCCGCCAGAAGGACCAAGAUUAUCAUUAAGAACUUGCCGUUCCAAGCCACCAAGAAGGAUGUUCGGUCACUCUUUGGAGCCUACGGACAGCUGCGGUCUGUGCGGGUGCCUCAGAAGUUUGACCGGACGGCUCGUGGUUUCGGUUUUGCGGACUUUGUAAGCGCUCGUGAAGCGGAGAAUGCCAUGGACGCGCUCAAAAACACGCAUUUGCUGGGCCGGAAACUGGUCCUGGAGUUUGCCAACGAGGAGGCGAUCGAUGCGGAGGAAGAGAUCCGACAGAUCGAGAAGAAGGUAGGGGAGCAGGUGGACAGGGUCAAGCUACAGAAACUUACGGGGCCUGGGCGCAAAAAGUUCACUGUAGGGGCCCAGGACGGCGAAGAGGACUGAGGUCCUUCUCCCUGUUGGUAGGGACAGACAAUGGCAAUGGUGUGGUUUUGAUAUUAAUAUCCCUUGCAUCCCGGACGCUGAACAUGGAGUUGCGGACGCAGGCAACACGUUCCUGCGGCUGUCAACACGUACAUACGCGCGCGUCCUGCAGAGUUACCCGUCCGCUCGUGCAGUGCAACUCCUUCU